AUGGUCGAUUCAGUUGUUUCCAGUCCAGCAGCUCCGGUUGUUUUGUCGCCGGCUCCCAAAAAGUUACCGUCCAAUAAGAAGGCGACCGCCGCUGCCAAAGGUGCCGCUUCGAAGAAGCCUUCAGCCGCACAUCCACCGAUAUCUGUUAUGGUUACAUCAGCAAUCAAAGAAUUGAAAGGGCGAAUAAGUUCGUCUUUGCCUGCUAUCAAAAUGUAAUUGGCCGCCAAUUAUCAAGUCGAUCCAACCAAGUUAGCACCUUUCAUCAGGAAAUUCUUGACCGCUGCCGUGACGAGCGGUGCAAUACUCCAAACUAAAGGUCAUUAUAAGCUGGCUGGAGCCGAAGCUAAACUGAAAAUUGCCUUCGUGGUAAAAAAAAUGAAACCCACCUCCGCCUAAAAAGAAGAAGCCAGCUUCGAAAACAACUAAAACUGCCUCCGGUGAACCAGCCACCAAAAAGACGAAAAGACUCCAACCAAGGCUCCUAAGGCCGUUAAACCCAAAAAGGUCCCGGCUAAAUCUACUGUUAAAAUCCAAAACUUUGAAGAAAACCGCAGUUAAGAAGGCCACCGUUUUAAAGAAAAAUUAGAAUUUUGUAACAGUGUAUACUCCUUAAGAAGGCCCUUUUCAGGGCUACCAAAUACUUACUCAUACUACAUAAAUUUAUGUAUACCAUAUUCUUUUUAGAUUUACGUCUGACAGUUCUCAUAAUUAUUUAUAAUGUUUACAAAAUUAUGAUACUAAACUUUAUUCUGUUUUCUGUAUUCCUGUAUAAUUUUUUUUAUUUUUUUCAGUUACUGUUCAGCUACUGUUAUAGAUAACAAUAACUUUUUGAUAUAUUCAGUACAAACUUAAUGUGCAUGGGGAGCGAUGAGUUAAGAUUAUCUUUAGUCUUUGAUUGUAGAUGCACGGCAUUGUCAUAUAUUUUAUUAAUUAUAAUAUUAUCAGGACCUUUGAUAUUUUCAUUAGUCUUAUCAUUUUUAUUAUUCUCAACAUACAUUUCUCACUAAUUUCUUAUCAAGUUUUAUUUAAUUAACAAUAAAAUUUAAAUUUUGUAUUUAUAAACUUAAAUAGUUAAAGACUGUUGGAAGUGAUGUUAACUGAUUACAGAUUGUCAUACAAUUGUUAGUUCAUAUAACAUGGAGUUCAAUAAAAGUUAUAAUAUUAGCCUAUUAUCUGAUUAGAUAUCAAAAUCAGGAAUUAUAAUUUUAUGUAUAAUAUUAUGUUUUUGUAUUCAAAACAUAAAUUUACCUCAGUUCCUAUUAAUUUUUCUUAUUAAUUUUAAACAUAAUUCUUAAUACCCUAACUAUUAUAAAAUUUAAUACACAGCAUAAUGUCUCACAAAUCGCAAAUCGAAAAUAAAAAUUAUAGGACUUCAUAUUAUGUACUACCAAACUGCACUAAGCAUCAUGUCAUGUUUUAAGAUGUUCUGACAAACUUGAAAAAUAUUUAUGAUUUUCGUCAAAAUUUGAUAUUACCAUUUUUAUAAAAAAUAAAGUACUACACUAAACCCGAUUUCUUCUUUUUUUUUCCCUGAAAAUACAACUUAUAAUGAACCUCCUGUUUUAUUUUCGAGCACUUCUAUUUACUCGAACAAUUUUAUCCUACCAAAUACAAAUUAUGUAAAACAACUCGCAAAAUUAAAAUAUCCAUCAAUACCUAAGAAAGCAUUAGAAAACAUAAAUUUAAAAAAUUUAAAAUCAUGAAAUCGUUACGCCGUAAAAUUUGUCAAUUUUUAUUAAGUUUUCCAAUAUUUUUUCCAAAUUAUUAUGAAAGUCAUAUUAAUUAUGAAUAUAUACAUAAUGUUCACCAAUUAACUAUUGUAGGUAAAAUGAAACUUAAAAACUCUAAAUACAAUUAGUUCGUUGGGUAUCUAAUUCAUGUGAAAUGUUGAUUUCAUUUUGCACAUCAAUACAUUCUUCCAGAUGAAAAUAGAAUUGUAGAUACCCGAUAAUUGUAAAAGUUUAUGUGGCUUUAUAUCUUAGUUCAGGCAAGUAUCGAUGGCACACGUUAAUAUUAUGGAAAAAUUUGGAACGGGCGCAGUGCUGCACUCUCUAUUAGUAUAAUUAUUUAUGAUAAUAUGAAAUCUAAUACCAGAAACAUAAACUUGUAAUUUAUUCAUAUACAAUAUUUUUAUUCUAAGACAAUGUCAUAGACAUUAAUUAGCCACCUGCUUGUCUAUGAGCAAGAUAUAUUUAUAUCUAUGGCUACAGUAAAAUUGUAGGUAGAUAUCGUGGGUAAUGUUUAUAAGGCUAUGUACCUGAUAUAUCUAAGUAUAUAUUAUGUAACCCUACUCCGUAGUAGAGAAACCAAUGUUCAGCGGCUUACAGAUGAUAUGAGAUAACAAUUUUAUCAUCUUUAUAAGUAUUUUCUACCGAAAUACGGUUCUAACAAUAUAUGUUCGUACUAUAUACGCGUUCCCUGUAGGUAAUAGAUAAUUGUAUGGUUAUUGCACUGAACGUGUUCGUAUUGAACAUAAAACCAAAUUUUUUGAGAAAUCCCCAAAAUGUAAAUUUUUUAGAAGUCUCUUCCCAAAUCCCCAACGCUUAAAAAACUCACCAGAUUUUGGGGAUAAUCCCCAAGUUUGGCAACACUGAGUCCAAACCUAACCCCUACAGAUAUUAGAGAUACGUAUUAUUUAUGUUAAAUUUAAUAGACGUGUUAUCAUAUAAUAACGAAUUUGGUUAAUAAAACUUGGUUUAUUUAUAAAUGUGGUAACAUUGUAAAAUAAUCACAAAGAUAUUCUAAAUAAUUUGAUACCAAAACAGAAAAUAAAUAUCUAUUGUGAAUUCUACAAAGAUAAUUUACUAUCAAUGGAAACAUCGCCUCACCUAUAAUCGUUAUAGGAAUGACAUAUCCAUUUUUUCAUUGUCUAUGGAAUUCUAGUAAAGUACAAAAGAAAUGAGUCGGGAUCGUUAAUGCGGAUUUGCAUUUUGCAUUGUUUCAUAUUUACGAAGAAUGACCAGUGGAUAUCAUUAACAGAUUCUCUUACACAAAAAGCCGGAGGUUAGACUUAGUAUUAUAAAUUAAUAACAACCAUUAAAAUAUCAAUGGUUAGCAAGUAAAAGGGCGAAAGCGUCAAUUUUUUAAAUAGACUUUAUCGCAAAUAGUCGUAAAUGGUGAGAUUUUACAUAGAUUAAUCUAACCUAAACAUCGAUAUCACUUAUUUACUAUUAACGAGCGAUUUUUUAACAUGUGGUCGCAAACAUCAUAGAAUUGAAGGGAUUGAAAAAAGUUGGUGUAAACGGCAUUCAGUGAAACAUGAUACAACAGAAGCGUCAUUGUUGUAUGUCACAUUAGUUUAUUAUAUUCACAAAAUAAUGAUUUUGAAAAUGUAUCUUAAUUUUAUUAUAUAAUACUGUUUUUGAAACGCUUACUACAAAUAAUCAUUAAUUAAUCAAUAAUUGUAAAUUCUGAAAGCGAUUUUAUUCAAUAGAACAUCUUUGAGUGUAAGUUUUAACCACGCCGUUAACCAUUCCUAUGUUAAAAACUACUGUUAAAUUUUGAGUGUGCUUCCUCAGUCAAACAAUUAUUCUAGCUUCCCUGGGUUUAAUAUCAAUGUCACUGCGCUGUUAUUUUUAAAAAAAAAUGCAAUAUUAUUAUUAAUAGAGUAAUGAAAACUUUGGUUUGUUUUGUUUCUUUAGGUGAUAACGAACAAAUUAUUUGAAGACCAUCAUCAACAAUUUACAAUGUUUACACUUGCAAAGAUGGCUUAUUUCGAACUCCCCGAAUCAGACUUGGAGUAUUAUAAACGUACAUUUGAAAAAAGAAGCAAUUUGGAAAUGGCUUCCUGUUGCGAUUUAUUACACAAAGUUUUAACAAACAAACAUUGUAAAUUUAAUUUAACUAUGGUCCGUGACUGUAUAAUAAAAAUAGGACAUUUAGACUGCAUAGCUGUUAGUAACAGAUAUAUGAAGGAAAAAUUUCCGGACAUUAAUUUCAAAGAAGCCAACAUUAACGAUGAUGAGCAUUUUAAUAAUGGAUUUUUUUUGUUUUUUUAA